AUGCCUCCUCUAAUGCCCCAGACUCCUCACAAGGAUGACCUUGACGAAACAUGGACAUUCCUAGAGAAGGGUAUCGACAGCGUUAUGCUAAAGCUGGAGGAGGGUGUAGAUAUGAAAACCUACAUGGCCCUGUACACCGCCGUACACAACUUUUGCACAUCACAAAAGGCAGUCAGCAACGGGCAAGGAUUACAGGCGCAUCGUGGUGCACACCUGUUGGGCGAGGAGUUAUACAAGCUACUAGGGGAGUACUUGUCACGCCACCUUGAGGCCGUGUACAGAGAGUCCCAAAGCCAUACCGAAGAAGCCUUGUUAGGGUUUUACAUUCGUGAAUGGAUUCGUUACACAACUGCUGCCAAAUAUGUCAACCACCUCUUCCGUUACCUUAACCGCCACUGGGUGAAGAGGGAGAUCGACGAGGGCAAGAAGAAUGUCUACGAUGUGUACACUUUGCACCUCGUCAAAUGGAAAGACGAUUUCUUCCUGAAGGUCCAUGAGAAGGUCAUGGAGGCCGUGUUAAAUCUGAUCGAAAAGCAACGAAACGGCGAAACCAUCGAGCAGUCGCAAAUCAAGAACAUCGUAGAUUCUUUUGUGUCUCUCGGUCUGGACGAGAAUGAUAGCACCAAGUCUACGCUCGAGGUUUACAGAGUAUACUUCGAGAAACCCUUCAUUGCUGCGACCAGAGUCUACUACGAGAAUGAAUCCCGCCAGUUCGUGGCUGAGAACAGCGUGGUAGAGUACAUGAAGAAGGCGGAGGCUCGCCUUGACGAGGAGAAGGCCCGUGUGGGCCUGUAUCUGCAUCCAGAUAUCAUGAAGCGUCUCACGGACACUUGCCUUGAUGUCUUAGUCACAGCACAUUCCGAGUUAUUGCGGGAUGAAUUCCAAGUUCUGCUAGACAAUGAGCGCCAAGAUGACCUAGCGCGAAUGUACCGACUUUUGUCGCGAAUCAAGGAUGGGUUGGACCCUCUGCGGGCAAAGUUUGAGACUCAUGUCAGAAAAGCGGGCUUGGCUGCGGUCGAGAAAGUUGCGGCGGAGGGCGAAGCGUUCGAACCCAAGAUGUAUGUGGAUGCGCUCUUACAAGUGCACACCAGGUAUCAGAACCUUGUCAAUGAGGCUUUCAACGGUGAAUCCGAGUUUGUGAGAUCCUUGGAUAACGCCUGCCGCGAGUUCGUCAACCGCAACAAGGUCUGCAAAUCCAGUUCAACGAAAUCGCCGGAGCUGCUGGCCCGAUACACCGAUUCUCUUCUGAAGAAGGGCUCAAAGGCUGCGGAGGAGUCUGAGUUGGAGGAGAUGCUCGUACAGAUCAUGACCGUAUUCAAAUACAUCGAAGACAAGGACGUUUUCCAGAAAUUCUACUCCAAGAUGCUGGCUAAGCGGCUGGUACACGUCAGCUCGGUAUCCGACGAUGCGGAGACUAGCAUGAUCAGCAAACUGAAGGAAGCCUGCGGAUUCGAAUACACCAACAAGUUGCAGCGCAUGUUCCAGGACAUCCAGAUUUCGAAAGAUCUCAAUUCCAACUACAAAGACUGGCAGGAGAAGGUUCUUGACGAAGACGAUCGGAAGAAACAAGUCGAUGCUCACUUUCAGAUUCUGGGAACUGGGUUCUGGCCACUCAAUCCACCUACAACCGGCUUUUCUGCACCACCCGAAAUCGUCAAGACUUACGAGCGAUUCCAGAGUUUCUACUAUGACAAACACAAUGGUCGAAAGCUGACUUGGCUCUGGCAGCUGUGUAAGGGCGAAGUCAAAGCAAAUUACAUUAAGAACACGAAAGUUCCGUAUACUUUCCAAGUGUCGACAUUCCAAAUGGGUAUCCUUCUCUUGUUCAAUGAGCAUGACACCUUAACCUAUUCCGAUAUCCAGAAGGCCACCAGUCUCGCCCCCGAAAUUCUCGACCCCAAUCUGGGAAUCCUGCUGAAAGCGAAGGUGCUCCUUCCAAGCCCUGAAGGAGCCAAACCCGAACCUGGAACUUCAUUCUCCCUGAAUUACAACUUCAAGAACAAGAAGAUCAAGGUCAAUCUAAACAUUCAGAUCAAAUCAGAGCAGAAGGUAGAGUCAGAUGACACCCACAAGACAAUAGAGGAGGACCGGAAAUUGCUCCUCCAGUCUGCCAUCGUUCGCAUUAUGAAGUCCCGCAAGAAGAUGAAGCACGUACAGCUCGUACAAGAGGUCAUUCAGCAGGUCAAGUCCCGCUUUCCUCCCAAGGUGCAGGAUAUCAAAAAGAAUAUCGAAGCUCUCAUGGAGAAGGACUAUAUAGAGCGGUUGGACGGGGAUGAGAUCGCUUACAUUGCGUGA